AUGGACACUAUUAGUAAUGGUACCUAUAUGAAGUGUAAUGAGACUUUAUUACGUACAUGCUGGUGUCGUCCCGCAGCUCCUCGCUUUCGAAACAGGCGCUCGUGGUUGUAUCGAAUCAGGCCGUCGGUCGUGCACAAACCGUUCGUACCGAUCGACUGCGCUCCUCGUCUCGACUACGCGUGGGACGCUGCAGCUCCGACGCCGAAUCAGCUACGAUGGAAACCGUUCGACGUGCCGACCAGGCAAGCUGCCGAGGUAGAUUUCGUCCAAGGUCUGCACACGAUAUGCGGCGCGGGGGAUUGUCGCGUCCGCCAGGGCAUCGCCGUUCACGUGUAUCUGUGCAACGCCUCAAUGAGGGACAGGGCUCUCUACAAUGCUGACGGAGAUUUUCUGAUUGUGCCUCAGUUGGGCGCGUUGCUGAUAACCACGGAGUUUGGCAAGAUCCGUUGCGAGCCGAACGAGAUAUGCGUGAUCCAGCAAGGCAUGCGAUUCAACGUCGCGGUGUCCGGCCCAUCCCGGGGUUACAUCCUGGAAGUGUUCGACGACCAUUUUCAGCUGCCCGAAUUGGGGCCAAUAGGAGCGAACGGCUUGGCGAAUCCAAGGGAUUUUCAAACUCCGGUCGCGUGUUACGAGGACCGUGAAACAGAUUACGAGGUCGUUUGCAAGUAUCACGGCAAAUUGUUCGCCGCGGAGCAAGACCACAGCCCGUUCGACGUGGUUGCUUGGCACGGGAACUACGUCCCGUUCAAGUACCACCUCGACAAAUUCAUGGCCGUUAAUACGGUUUCUUUCGAUCAUUGUGAUCCGUCGAUCUUCACCGUGUUGACGUGUCCCUCUGGGAAAGCUGGCACAGCAGCGGCCGAUUUUGUGAUAUUCCCACCACGGUGGUCCGUGCAGGAGCACACUUUUCGGCCGCCUUAUUAUCAUCGGAACUGUAUGAGCGAGUUCAUGGGCUUGAUAAAGGGACGAUACGAGGCCAAGGAGGAAAGCUUUCAUCCAGGCGGUGCGUCGUUGCAUUCCAUUAUGACGCCACAUGGACCGGACGCCUCCUGUUUCGAAACUGCCUCCAACAGCGAGCUAAAGCCCGAACGUGUCGCCGACGGGACUCAAGCCUUCAUGUUUGAGACAUCUUACAGUCUGGCGGUGACCAACUGGGCUGCCAAACUCACCAACAAGUUGGACGACGAUUAUUACAAAUGCUGGCAGUCCCUCAAAAAACAUUUUUCGUUCUGAAAUGAAUACAGUCCUUGGCUUAAUAAUAUAUCGCUUUUCAGAAGGGCAUUCUUAUUUUUCCUAUCCCUCCAGUUACAUGUUUUUACAUUCCGUCGUAUCCUAUCUUGUGAAAAGAGGCGAAAUGAUAAGAAUACAGGAUUACAAGUAAUUAUGUAAUUACUAGAUUCGAUUUUUCGUUUGUUC